AUGGCUGAACUCAUAGCUGCCUCAGACCCAUACCUAUGGAAUAGUGAUGGAACCGUAGUUCAGAUAGACUUCGCUUCCUGGACUGGAGGUGUUGGAGGUGGCGACUGUAUGGUGGCGUCAUAUAAAACCGAGAGAUUUCAAAACCAAUGGAUAAUUGUCGCUGUCAUUGAGGAGGCAAAUUGCCAGGCCAAAUUUGCCACAAUAUGCGAGCACACUAUUGAGUCCUGCAAAAAUCCUUCAAACUUUGAUUCAAACAAAAUGGAAUUCACGCCUUCAAAGCCUAAUGUUGGUACUACCACGUCGAUCACUUGCAAACCUGGCUAUUAUUUAAAAGGCCCACCUUCAUCUAGCAGUGUCCAAAUACAAUGUAUUGGUCACCGUGCGGAUUCGAACGAAGCCGAUCCAUCUCAAUACAGGACUGAGCUCUGGCCAAGUAGCAUCCCUUCUAUACAGUGCGAAAAGGUAUCCUGUGACUUUAUUCCUGAGACUUUGUGCCACGUAAAGGAGGGUUCGAUAGAUCCACCAAACCAGAGAAUUUUUAAUUACGGUCAGACUGUGACUGUGGAAUGUGAAAACGGUUUCGUCUAUACACAUAAUGCAAGUAAAACAAAAGCCAAAAUUCGAUGUGCAUCAGUUCAAGGGGGCUGGUUACAAGGAAUAUGGCAUCCUAGCCCAUGUGAAGCCUGCAUCCCUAUUCGCUGUAAUGAAACUGAAUUGUUUGCGAUGGUUCCCAAGUACGGAAGUCUAGCAGGUGCUCGCAGCACACUAACCGAAGAAGAGUUUGGUUUGUCUCAACAAAAUAUGUUCAACCAAUUUGGCAAUGUUGUGACAGUUAAAUGUAGAGAUGCCCACUUCUACCCGGAUCAUGCUUUUGAAAAAUUCGUCUUCUGUGGUUUAAAGAAAAACACAACUAAUCAGGGGGAAUGGAGAGGUUACAGCGGCACAACUCUUCCCCUUCCCCAGGAGUGUCAACCUGUUACGUGUCAAUAUGAAGGUGCUAUCUUGAAAUCGCACUACAACAUUGAACCGUACUUCGAUUUCACCUCGAUCAAUGGCACCUCAGUGAAUACAACUAGGUUAUUAGCAACCCGUUAUCCCUAUCAAACCAAAAUCACAUAUACCUGCAAGGAGGGCUAUGAAACGAUCAGAAAAACACGCAAUCAAACUAUUGUCUGUGGUCCUAUAGGAAGGUGGAUUCCACAGUUGACUGGAUGCUUAAAAAAGGAUAAUGAGUUGCCUGUAAGUACAACAGGCCGCUACUCUCCACCUCUGGUUGAAGCCCCGUCAGCAAGUCAACUGGGUUUCGUGGCACUUAUUAUAAUUAUCAUCUUUCUAAUAUCCCUUGUUCUACUUGAUGUGGCAACUCUGAGUAGAGAUAUGGGAUGGCUAUUCAAUAACAUUCGAUUGCAGAAACGUCUGUGGAACGCCAAGAAGCGUCUUCCUGGGGAGAAUUUUAAAUGGCUCAGCGAUAAAACAUUGGUCUCAAUGGAUCUUCUACCUGGCAUAGAAAAUUCUACUCAAGAUGGUGAUGUGAUUUUAGCGUACUACACAGCCGAGCAUGUGAAUAGUCAAUGGACAACAGUUUUAGCGUUUGAGAAAUCAAAUGGAGAUGAAGAAUGUUCAGUACUAUGCGAACACAGCAGUAAGUUCUCAAGAAGCUGUUUUCGCGUUGCGAUACUUUCUGGCACUGUCAUUGAGUUAGCUUUUGAACCCUGCCCGAUGCCAAGUGGAUUUGACCCAAUGAAAACGGAAUUUCAUCCAACCAAAGCGUAUGUUGGCACAACAACAACAGUCGGUUGCAAACGUGGUUUUUAUCCAAAUUUUUUUAACUUCACACGUGGAGCUAAAUUUGUUUGUGUUGGUGAGCGAGAACACCCGGAUGAGGCUAAUCCUUUCAACUACAAAGCCUAUUUUGGGCUGUUACCCGAUUUGCCUCCAUUAGAAUGCGAGAAGGUGUCCUGUAAUUUUUCGGCCAUGACUUGGUGCAAUGUCCAGGAGGAUUCAAUUAAGCCCCCUAACCAGAGUAGAUUCGAGUAUGGGGAGAAAGUAACCGCGGAAUGUGAAAAGGGUUUUGUCUAUGCAUUUAAUAAAACAUCAACGACAGCGACUAUGCAUUGUGUCACACUUCAUGAGGCAGCUAUACACGGAGUAUGGAAUCCUGGACCUUGUCAAACUUGCAUUCGAUUAGAACCUAACUUUAGGGCCAAUCAGGGCUCCUUAUGA